AUGUCUCAUCACAAACAUCCGCCACCAUUACCAACGACCACCUCAAGCAAGCAAGGCUCAUUCUUCAAAUUUUUCUCUCAACCAAGUGAGAAUGAUGAUGAUGGACUUUCAUCCUUCUUUUCCUCUGAAGUUACAUCAUCAGCGACUUCGGAUUUAUUUGAAUCAUUGGUUGGAAGAAAAGAUCAACCCACCGAUAUUCAUGCUCCAAAUUUUCUAGAUCAACUUCGCCAGUUACCUAAAUCCAUCGUUUUGAAAAUCUUGAAUGAUUUUUAUAUUUUAGAUUUGAAACUCUAUUUUACUAUUAUUGUGCGCAUGAUUUAUCACAAAUUUAGAAAUAACAAAAAUGUAAACACCUUGAUGAUGAAAUUAUUAUUUGGAAAAUUCAAGAAGGAACGAGAGGUCGUAGCCACUAGUAACACAUCCUCUUCUGCUCUUGAAUCUCCUUCUUCAUCAGCAAGGCUAUUGGAUCAUGUGAUUCAACCACCAACAUCAUCGCCACAACAAUUUGUUGAUCAAGAACCAAGAAGUAAUAGUUUGGACGUUCAAAUCGAAACACCCAAUGAUUCACAAGUGCUCCAUUCGAAUGUAUACACGAUUGCAACCUUAUUUAAAAAUUUCUCUUUAAAUAUUGAACAAGAUUUUGUGAAUAGAGAACAGUCCAAACACAAACAUUAUUAUCAAAUGAUUAUUUGGUUGCAUCAUUUGGAUACAUUCAAUUUCAUGUUUGGAAAUAUUGAUAUUAAUUAUUUGGAAUGGAAAGUUCCCUAUCCUUCCAUUUUUGACCAAAUUGGGACGAUGGGUAGAGAUCCAUUUCAAAGUGAACACUCUCUCAAUGGUCAACUCAUUGUCGGUGGAGCUAAAAGUAAUCGAAAGUUUUUAAUUCGUUCCGAUGAACAUUAUGAACAUAUCAAUAGAACACGUAUCACUUCGUUAAUUCAAGAUACGUUGCAUCAAGAGAGAGAAGAGGAGAAGAAAUUACCUGUGAUGCGUUCAGAUUUACUAUUUUUUAUUUAUUUGAGAUGUAUCAAGAGAUGUGAUAUCAAAAUUAAUACUGGAAGCGAAUUUUCAUUUGAUUACAUGACCAAUAACAUGCUAGGAACCAAUGUACUAUAUUUGGAUAAUAUUUCUUUAGAAGGAUCUUAUUCCUCUGAGAUUGCUAGUGAUAUUUUCAAUCAUUUACAAUCGAGAGAUGGUAUGAAAUUUUUGAAAAUGGAAAAUUAUGGAGUGCCGUGCGAUGUACUGAACUCUGUCAUGCUUCCUGUCCUUUCUUCUCUUUCAAAACUACACAUGACCAUAUUCAACAGUUCUAAUUUGAAAUCAGGACUGGAUCAAAUUUCCAAUCUGAAACAUCUCUCUGAUUUAAAGUUAAUCAUUUCUCUCAAUAAGAAUUUUCCAUCUCCAAACACAUGUGAUGUCUUGAUGGAUCAAUUGACAUUGGAUUCUUCCUCUCUUGACAAUCAAAGAUUUAAAUCUUUGAAAAGAUUUCAUUUAGAAAAAGAUUCUUCAUUAUUGAUCAGCGAGAAACCAUUAGUGAAACUUUUCACAAUUCUUAAAAGUGUAGGAAAAUUAGAAAAGUUAUCACUGGUGAAAUUACCAUAUUCUCUCUCUCUUCAUGAAUGUCUAGUUGGUACCGGUAACCAUAGAUUCAAGGUAUUACAUACAUUAGAAAUUAUUGAACCUACCUGUUUAGAAACAAAUUUAGAUUUUUCAAAUUUGACAUCUCUAGUGAGCUUGACGUUACGAUGUUAUCCAAUUGUCACCACCGAUUCUUCGCUCAAGUCUUCAUCAAGUGUGAAUCUUCAAUGUAAAUUGUCACAAAAUCAAUUGGAUAGUUUAGAUUUGAAAGGAAUUCACAUGGCACGAGAUGUCACUAUUGGAAUUGCUUCCAAGAAUAAUAUCGAUCAGAAUGAACCACAAUUUUUAACAAGUAUCAUGAAUCAUGCAUUUCCAUCACCACUAACUAAUCAGGACGACGCACCAUUAUUGACUUGUGUCGAAACUUUGAAUCUCUCAACAACAAGAAUUGUGAAAUCGGAUUAUUUGAGACAUCACGUAUUUAAUAGAUCAGGGUUUCAUAACUUGAAAGUGUUAAAUUUAUUACAUUGUCACAAACACGAGACAUCGAUCGCUCCUGAACUGGUUGAGCAACUAGGAAAAAGCUGUCCACAUUUAAUAACGCUCAAAUGGUCCAACUUUAAAAAGAAGAAAUGUUUUGCACACUUGUUUUCGUAUUACAAACAUCAACUCAAAAACUUGACAUUACGUCAUUGCGAGUUUGACUGCUUAUGGUUAGCCUAUUUGUUUUUAAUGACAUCUAUUAAGAAAGUCUCAAUACAAACAGAUGAGCCAUUUCCUGAUGGGUUUAUUCAAUCCAUUGCUCCACUAUUUCCCACCACAACACAAAGUUCAACAGCUUCAGAUUAUUCAGAAGUUAAUGAUAUUUAUAGCAAGUAUACCGUGUAUACUGUGUUUAGAGAUUGCACAAGCUUGGAAUAUUUAAAGAUUGAAACACCCAAAUUUGUAGAUAGCCAGUUAAUGAAGGAUUUGUUCGCAAAAAAGAGCAAAUACCUUACUCAGCUAAAAUUUGUUGUCAAAGACAAGGAACAAAUGGAUGUAUAUCAUGAGCUCAUCAAAGAACUUCAAAACGGCAAGUACAAGUAA